UCAAGUCUUGUCAUUGUUUAUCAAUAUAAUAUAAAAGUAGGUAUUCGAAAUUUUAUUUUCAUGUUGUGAACUUAUAUUUUGUUUAAAUUAAUUGUUUUGUUCUUAAAAUCGUCUUACUUAUUGUUAACAAAAAUGGCUAGAAGAUAUGAUACAAGAACUACUAUUUUCUCUCCAGAAGGUCGAUUAUAUCAGGUAGAAUAUGCCAUUGAAGCUAUAAGUCAUGCUGGUACUUGUUUGGGUAUACUUACUAACGAUGGAGUAUUGCUUGCCGCAGAAAAGCGAAAUGUGAACAAAUUACUUGAUGAGACUUGUGGGUCUGAGAAAAUUUACAAAUUAAACGAUGAUAUGGUAUGUAGUGUAGCUGGUAUUACUGCCGAUGCCAAUGUUUUGGUUGCUGAACUGCGCUCAAUUUCGGAGCGAUAUCGUAUGCAGUAUGGUGAUGCAAUUCCUUGUGAACAACUUGUCUCUUGGCUAUGUGAUGUUAAACAAGCCUACACACAGUAUGGAGGUAAACGACCAUUUGGUGUAUCAAUUCUGUACAUGGGUUGGGAUGCUCAUUAUGGUUUUCAACUUUAUCAAUCCGAUCCAAGUGGUAAUUACUGUGGAUGGAAGGCAACUUGUAUAGGCACAAACAGUGCUGCUGCUAUAGCAUCACUAAAAACUGAAUAUAAGGAAGGACAAAUGACUUUAGCGGAAGCAAAAAAAUUGGCUAUAAAAAUAUUGUCCAAGACACUAGAUGCUACCAAACUUACAGCCGAUAAAGUGGAAAUGGCAACUCUUAAACGGUUAAAUGAUCAAACUGUUACUAAUAUACUGGAGAAACAUGAAGUUGAAAAAUUGAUUUCUGAUUAUGAAAAAAUGGAAGCAGAACUCGCUGCUGCCAAGGCUGAAGCUAAGGCUAAAGAAAAGAAGGAAAAAGAUGCUAAAGAAAAAGAACAAUCGUCGUCAACAUAAAACAACAAUACAGUGUUUAUAAUAUGUAUAAUAUUAUUUAUUAAUAAGUAUGAAUUUUUGGUAUAUGGCCGUUUAAAAUCGUGUCUGAAUUAAUUACAAAAAAUGUUUUUUUCAUUUAUAA